ACCGAAGAACUUGGUGACCGUGCCGAGGAGCAGCCCUUUCUCUCCACCCUGUCACUGCUCUAUCCGCCUCGGCUUCUCUAGCUUUUUGCAGGAAUUUCCGAUUCAGGCACUAGCAGCUAAUUCCACAGGAGUUGGGAGGCAGCCUGUGACAUAAACUGAGACAGAACUUUCCCCUCAGAGACUGUCUUUUUGGGGUUUUUUUAUUGGCAAAGACUUCUGGCUGUCCUCAGAGGAAUACCUUGUUGCUUAAGAUGAGUGGCUGUAGAAAACGGUGUAAACGUGAAAUAUUGAAAUUUGCCCAGUACCUUCUCAGACUAUUAACAGGUUCUCUUCAUACAGACAGCGUGGAAGAUGAGCUGGAAAUGGCCACCGUCAGGCAUCGGCCCGAGGCCCUUGAGCUGCUGGAGGCCCAGAGCAAAUUCACCAAGAAGGAGCUCCAGAUCCUCUACAGAGGAUUUAAGAACGAAUGCCCCAGCGGUGUUGUUAACGAAGAAACCUUCAAAGAGAUUUACUCCCAGUUCUUUCCACAGGGAGACUCUACAACGUAUGCGCAUUUUCUGUUCAAUGCGUUCGACACAGACCACAAUGGAGCUGUGAGUUUUGAGGAUUUCAUCAAGGGUCUUUCCAUCUUGCUCCGGGGGACAGUACAAGAAAAACUCAACUGGGCGUUCAAUUUGUACGACAUAAAUAAAGACGGCUACAUCACUAAAGAAGAGAUGCUGGAUAUCAUGAAAGCGAUAUACGACAUGAUGGGUAAAUGCACAUACCCCGUCCUCAAGGAAGAUGCGCCCAGACAGCACGUGGAGACAUUUUUCCAGAAAAUGGACAAAAAUAAAGAUGGAGUGGUUACUAUAGAUGAGUUCAUCGAAAGUUGCCAGAAAGUAAGUACCGGUAGUAAAGGAACCAUCCCCUUUGCUUUCAUGGCAUCUAGACUGAGAACUGCAAGCUAGCCACCAUGAAGUGAGCAAAAUAUAAAGAUCAUAUGCAAAGUCUACCACUUUUAUACAGCUCAGCCCACACUGUGAAACAAUCACCAAUUUCUACCUUCAACUGCUCAGCAUUUGUAGAGUGCCUACAGCUGUGUAGGUAAGUCCUGGGGAUGCAAAAGUUGCACAUAGACUGAGUUUUUGUUCCCUAAACCCUUUAGAGAGUACCUAUCACUGCGAAUAAAACACAUGUGAGUUUUAAACUGCUCUUUGCCUAGACUUAGCCGAUAACAUGCAUAUUAUCUACUGUAUCUCCAUAGCUUUAGGAUUCUGGUACAGCUAAGGAUUCAUCACAGGCCAAGAUUAUAGCUGAUUUCUAAGAGAAACACCAUUGCUUUAAUAUAUGUGGACAAUAAAUGGCUUUUGACUGAAGCAGUAAUGGUCUUCAUUCACAAAAACAGAGUAGUAAAUUCAGAGAACUCAGGCUGGUUCUCUGUCACCUGGCAGGAGGCCAGUUUUAGCUGACCUAGAAUUAUUUGACUCAAUGUGUGGCUAGAACCACAAUUAAGAAUUUAAAAAAUAAAUAUAGACAACAAAGUUUGUUGGUGCUUUAGCUAUUCUAUUUAUGAAUUUUUAUACUUUCCUUUUCCCGGUGCCUGCUUGUGUCUAAGCUUUUUCUGAGCUGGUGGACUUGGAGAGAAUUAACUUGAUGGCAUCCACCUGCUCAGUGCUGCCGCUUCUAGGA